AUGGAUGAUUCUGAAUAUCAACCACUCCUAAACCCCACAUCUGCUCUGUAUGAAACGAUCUCCUACGAGUCUAUUCAAGACAUCAGGCCAAAUGGACGUCCUGUGUCUAGCCGCAGCACAAUCCCCGAGACCGCCACUUAUGGCCGCAAUCUCACAUGGACGAGCGCAUAUAUCUUGGUAAUAUCGCGCGUCAUCGGCAGCGGUAUCUUUGCAACUCCAGGCUCAAUCGUGAAGUCGGUCGGAAGCGUCGGGUUGGCGCUGCUGGUAUGGCUCGUGGGGACGGUUCUGGCAGCAUGCGGCCUGGCUGUGUCGAUGGAGUUUGGCUGUAUGCUCCCGCGAUCUGGUGGCGACAAGGUGUAUCUCGAGUAUACGUAUCGGCGUCCUCGAUUUCUGGCGUCGACGUUGAUCGCCGUUCAGGCGGUUCUGUUGGGCUUUACGGCAAGCAACUGCAUUAUAUUCUCCAAGUACACACUGUUUGCUCUCAGCAUUGAGCCGACGGAGUACCAGCAAAAGGCUCUAGCUGCGGGGCUUAUGACCGCAAUUACCAUUGUCCACGGGUGUUUCCUUAAAACCGGCAUAUGGAUACAGAACCUGCUGGGAUGGAUGAAGAUUUUCAUGAUCGCUGCGAUGACACUCACAGGGCUCUGGGUGAUACUCUUUCGACCUGAAGAACAGCCCAUUUCCGUGUCGAAUGAUGUGGAUAGGACUGGAUACGACGUCUUUCUGUGGGACAAUCUAUGGGAAGGGUCGAAUUGGAGCUGGAGCUUGCUUUCAACAUCGCUUUUCAAAGUGUUCUACUCGUAUGCUGGGCUCAGUAAUGUGAACAACGUCCUCAAUGAGGUUCAGGACCCGGUCCGGACGGUCAAAUCUGUGUGUCCGUCCGCUCUCGUUACUGCUUGUUGUCUUUACCUGUUGGCAAACAUCUCCUACUUUCUCGUCGUCCCAAUCGAGGAGAUCAAGAACAGUGGUGAACUCGUUGGGGCUCUCCUGUUCGAACGCGUUUUCGGGCCGCAUGUUGGCAGGACCUUGUUUCCUCUGGCGAUUGCCAUCUCCGCCGCGGGAAAUGUUAUGGUGGUCACCUUUGCCUGGGCUCGGGUGAAUCAGGAGAUUGCUCGACAGGGCUUUCUGCCUUUCUCCUCCAUGCUCUCAUCAUCUCGCCCGUUUAACUCUCCUUUGGGAGGAUUGAUUGUGCACUACAUUCCUUCGCUCAUGGUGAUUGUACUUCCCCCUCCCGGAGACGUGUACAGCUUCAUUCUAGAUGUCGAAGGCUAUCCAGGCCAGAUAUUUGCCUUGGCUAUUGCAGUUGGCCUCUUGAUCAUGAGGCGACGUCAGCCUAAUCUGCCACGACCAUUCAAAGCAUGGCUUCCUGCGGUCUGGCUUCGAAUCAUCGUCUGCGUUGCUUUACUGGCGGCGCCGUUUAUUCCUCCUCCGGACAGAAAGGGCGAUGUGGAUUUUUUCUACGCAACAUAUGCGAUCGUGGGUGUUGGAAUUCUACUCUUUGGGGUGAUCUAUUGGUAUAUUUGGACAGUCCUCCUUCCACGAUGGGGAGGAUACAAACUGGAAGAAGAGGUGGAUGUGCUGGAUGAUGGGACGAGUAUUACGAAGCUUGUGCCGUCGUAUAUUCUCUAG